AAAAAAAUGAAGAUUUGCGUGACACUUUCUUUGAUAUUAUGCUUUAUAACAAUCACAUCAUGCCGUCCACAAACUGUGCAAAUCGAGCAACAAAAUCUUUUGCAUGUUCAACGUUCGAUUUCACAAGAUAAUCCGGAAAAACGUGGCUCUUUGGAAGAAACGCGAAGAAUCCUUCAGGAAAUUGAGAGAAUAAAUAUGGCAUUGGGAUAUAAGAAACGUUUGACUGUCGCCUUUCCAAGAGUAGCCAAUAACGGCGAAGGUUAUUUUUACCCUCGUCAACAAUUCCGACCUGAAUUCUUGACGCAUCAUAGAGCGAAACAAAACCAAAUGAGAUCAAGUAACAAACGUGCCAUUAACCCAUUCAGUAAUCAAAAUUAUUUCUAUCCAACGCCAUACCUUCAAGCUCCAAUCAACGAAAAAUCUCAAAACUUUAGAAUCAACAAAUACUUUUAUCCCUUAAUGUUCACAACAUUAAAUAUGAUGCCAGUCAAACAACAAGCUGAUGAUAAUUCAGUUAAACUUGGAACGAUUGUCGUGUUACCAGAAGAAUCAGAAGAAGAAAGUGUUGAUCGAAAACCAAAAGCAAUUGUUGACAAGAAAAAAGUUGUCGAUAAAAAGAAGGUCAAGAAAAAUAAACAGAAGGUUGAAGAAAGUGACCCGUCGAUCAUUGAAGAGCUUGUAAAUUAUGAGCUUGAAGCACUUGGUCUUGCAGAUGAAGAAGAAGAAGACGAAGAGGAAGAAGAAGAGCGCAUUGAAGAAAAUGUUGUGUCGUCGUCAGUAACUCCAAUCACACGCCUUCCAUCAAUAAAAAAUGAUAAAUUUCUUAACAUUGAUGAGAUGAAACAUCCACUUGAGCCUGAGGAUUACGACGAAAAUCGCCAACUACCACCGCAUCAACCUCUACAACAAGGAAAUCGAGCUUUCAACUUUUCUAAUCCAAUCGAAAAACUUCAAAAUUUCACAAAACAAUUUACAAUAGUACCAAGUCAAAAGGCUGAGAAUCUCAAAGAAACUGAAGUCACGGUUAGCACACCAACACUUCUAGACAUUGAAGAAAAGGAAGAUGAAAAAGCAGAAGAUCAAGAAGAUGAGAAGUCACCAUUUGGAUUUGCAUUUGGUCCGAAACAACAAUUACAAACAUACAAAGAAGGUGGAUUAAUAAUUCAAAGACUACGAGUACGACAAGGUGGAAUAGCAAUUGCCGGUCCCGGUGGUGUUGCAACAGCAGGCAGCGGGGGAACAGCAAUUGUCGGACCAAAUGGCAUUGCAUUAACACAUCCAAGAGGCUUGGCAAUUGGUGGGCCAGGAGCUAGAAUCUAUGCUGUACCAGAGUCAACAGAUCUUGAAGCUUUAGCUUUGUCACAUAAAGCAAGAAAUCUCAACCAUGAAGGUGUCCUUGUAGCACGAGGGCCUGUCGUCUACUUCAAUGAGACUUGAACAUUCCUUGCCUUCUUUCUUUUGUUUUUGUUUGAUUAUGUAAAAGUUCUAUUGAAUGCGUGAAGUUUUAUGAAUGAAAUUAUACUUUAUGAGAGAUAAAUAUAUUUUAAUGAAG